AUGGUGUUCGAACUCCGCAGAGUUGUUGGUGGCCAAUUUCAUCCUGCAGUUGUCAAGUUUGGCCUGCAAAUGCACCGCGGGCUUUUGCGUGGCUCCACGACGCGAGUAUUCGGUCUUUUGCACACUUUGUCCCAGGUUUUGCGGGACUACGAAGCCCCAGCAGGAAAGGAACUAAUCCGAGACUUUGACGCUACUGUGCUAAAACCGAGUCUCGAGUUUUUGCACAGGUGUCGCCCGUUGUCCUUGUCGAUGCGAAAUACUGUGGAGGUGUUUCGUCAAACUCUUUUUGGCAUGGAGAAUACGCAAGGAGAUAAUGAGGUGAAAUUGAAAAUGUUGGAGCACAUCGCAGACUCGACUGAAUUCAUUAGAUUAGCGCGAGAGCAGAUAAAACUCACUGCUGCUGCCAGAAUUGUUGAUGAAGACGUUGUGCUGAUUUAUGGCUACUGUGCUCUGGUGACAUCAAUUGUCAAAUAUGCCAAAGAACAUUUGAAGAAAGAGUUCAAGGUGAUUGUUGUGGACACUGGACCAGAUUUUGAAGGGAAAUUGUCUCUAGAAGAGCUUUGUUGUGCUGGGAUCCAGGCCUGCUACACUUACAUCACUGCACUGAAUGUUGUCAUGUCCAAGGUCAACAAGGUGAUCUUGGGGGCAGACGCCAUUUUGGCGAAUGGUGCCGUUAAGGGCCCCAUUGGCGCAUCCCAAGUGGCAAUGGUAGCGAAUUCGAGAAAUGUCCCUGUGUUGGUUUGCUGCGAAACUUUCAAGUUUACUGAAACCGUUCAGACUGAUUCGUUUCACUUCAACGAACUGGGACCCGAGUCAGAGUUGCUGAAUUUGACGGAGAAUUUGAACUUGAAUCCUGGAUCGACCAGUGCCCAAAUCAAGACCUUGAACCUCAAGUAUGAUGUGAUGCCCGGGGAUUUUGUCAGUGCGUUAGUUACUGAGAUCGGAAUGUUGCCGUGUUCCUCGGUUCCUGUGGUUACUAGGGAACAUUUUCUGAGGAGGGCUUGAGAAUGCAUUUCUUUGUCAUUGGUCGGCGCUGAAAUCUUUUUUUGAUUGCCCUUUGAAGAUCGAUGGGUACAAUUGCAAUGAAAUGACUGCUCUUUUCCGCUUUCUUCAAUACUGUACACAUUUUUUUUAUUUUUCCGUGGAAGAAUUGACGAGUAUGUAUUCGGUACACUACAGUCUUGUCUACGGAAGUAGAAUACAGAUCCUAUUUUUUUCCAUCAACAAAA